GAUCGCUCCAGGUCGUUCAUAGGUUAUUCUCUGCGAAUUGUAAUAAAAUUUUGUCAUUAGUCUGAAAGUGAAAAUUACACAUUAAAAACGAUGUGGAGGGCACCAGUUGUCACUGCAUCGGAUCGUAUAUUUCCUGGUUUAGUAUAUUACGAUAGGAAAAAGGAAUUUUAUGAUAUAGGAAAUCAAAUACAAUCCAAUUUACCACUUCAAAUGGCAUUGUAUUUUAAUAUAUGGGUAUAUCCACUAUGGUUUUUAAUAAUACUUGUUAACUUAGAUGCAAAAUAUUAUUACUUGACAGAUGUAUAUAAAUUUAUAACUAUAGCAAUAUUUAUUGUUAUAUCAAUAUUGGAAAGUAUACGACUGUAUUUGGGAUAUCUUGGAAAUUUAGCAGAGAAGAUUCCAGAACUGGCAAGCUUUUGGCUGAUAUCUACUCUUAUUCAUUUUCCUCUGGAGAUGGUUCUCCUUUUUGAUAGCAAAACUAAAUCUCAUGUUAGCGAGACAGUUGCUAAUGGUAUCAUGAUGUUUCUGCUCAUUAUAGAAAUUUUAACAGCCACAGUAGCUUUAAGGAAAUCAGCAGAUCAUCAUGCUAAACGAUUUUAUGUUGCACAAUUAUAUGGAAUUGACGAUAGCAUACAUUAAUGUAUAUAUAUAUUUAAGUUUAUUGCUUUUAGAAAUUGACAGUACAAUAUUAUUACAAUAAUGUACAUUAAUAUUGCAUCAUUAAAUGU